AUGACUGAUUUCAUCCCCAUCUUGCAAGUCGUCGUCUUCGCUGGCGCUGCCUGGCUGUCCGGGUAUAUAACAACUUUCUCCGUUGCGAUCCCGCAUAUUGCGCUCGCCCCGCCGCUCAUCGCCGCUAAACAGUGGGAGGACUUCUACGACCGAGGCAAGCUCAGCGCGCCUCCUUUCGGACUCGUCCUGGGGAGUCUCUUUGGGUACCUCUCCUACUCCCUUGGCGGGCUCUCCAGCUCGCAAGGGAGAGUAUAUGCCCUCGCAGGGGUAGUGACGGCGUCCACUAUCCCCUACACAUUGAUCGUCAUGCUUUCAACGAACAAGAAGCUGCAGGCUUACGCGGCGAAAGAUGCCUUGUCGAAGGAGGAGAAGGAGGCCAAGGUCGCGACCCAGGAAGUUGGGAAGCUGCUGAGCGCUUGGGGCGCGUUUAAUGCCGUUAGGGCUAUGAUGCCUGCUACAGGGGCACUGUUGGCAGGGUGGGCACUGAUGCGCUGGUGA